AUGAUGCAGUCAUACUGGUCCCGAUUGCAAAGAUAUUGUGCCAUUCUUUCACUGAAAGCGAUAGGCAUAAGCUUCAGUUCGUGGACGACACAUCAAAUAAAAGAAAACUGCCUCGUCAAUGGCUGUGGAGUUUCGCCUAUUGCGAGCUGUAACGGUGCAGAGUGUACCACCGGUUGGAUCAAGGAUGAAUAUGGCCCAGAUGAUCCAUUGAAAUCGCUGCCAAGAAACGAUGAGGAUGCCGAAACAUUGUAG